AUGCUUCAAGCCCAGUGGAGCCUACCGAUGCCUACCCCUGAUGACAUCCACCGCAUCGGUAAUUACAACCCGCAUCAGCAGCACCGGGCAUUCCCCCUUUUUCACAUCGCGGCUGAACCCACUCCACUCCCAUCACCUCGGACCAGCUUGAUUGGCGCGCCAAGCCUUCUCCUAGCCUUCUGGCGGCCUUCGCGAAGGGUUUCGAAGGCCCGUGGAACAUCCCAGCGCGGACGCUCGCCGUUUGUCCUGCGCGAUCCUCAUCCUAGACGGUGCGCGCACGGAGGCCUGAGCCCUAAAUGA